GCUAUGAAUAAAUGAAAAAUUGACUUUGUCACUUUGACACUUUCGUCAAUCACUGGCCAUAAAAAUUUGAAAUGUCGCUUAUCAAAUUCAUAAACAAUCCCAAAGUACACCAGGCCCUUAUAUUGGCUGUUAAAGUAGGGUUAGCAGCUGGUGCUGUCUACUACAUCAAAGAUCAAGGUGUUUGGAAGGAAAGUGAAGAAACACAAAAAACCUGCCAGGAACUGAAAUCAACCAUUAAUCCCUAUAUUAGAGAUCUUAAAGCCCAGAUUCCAAUUGAGUUGCCGGAAAUCCCAGAAACAGAAAAUUUAUUGCAAAGCACCAAACAGUAUUGGAAUAAAGGUGUACAAUCUGCAUUUGAGCAUCUGACCAAAAGCCCAGAGUAUAUUAGUGAGUGGACAAAAAAGGGAUAUGAAAGUGUUAUGCAAAAUAAGGAGAUUAGCAAUCUGGUGGGAAGCUUGAACAACAAAUCCCAAGUUGAAAAAUAAUCUAGUCCCAUAUUAAUAUAUGUAAUUUGUUUUGAAAUAAAUACCAUUCAAAAAAAAAA